CUCAGUGUGAGUCAGUCCCAUCCUGCAGGCAGCACCGACUACAAUAUAACGUCACAACAACAGCCAGGCCAGCCCAUGACAAGGAAUCAGUAUUAUGGCAGGGGUUCUGUGUUAUAUGUAUUGACAGAUAGGACCAGUCUGUUCCCGGACUGUUUUGUAGCAGCCUCUGUUUCCACACGGGGAUGUAAGUGAGCGGACCUGAGGGGGAGUGAAGUCACGCAUGGACUGACAGGAAGCCAUGCGUGCAGCAGUGUAAGGUACGCUUGCUCGCCCAGCAUUGCUAGAUUGCUAUGGGGGUCACUUUGGGGUGAUCUUCAAGUAAUAGUUUUGCACAGACAUGGAGCAGGCUCCGCAAGGGACGUUUGAGGAGGAGUUGGACUGGUGCAUCCGUCAGCUGGAAACUGGGCUCCUGCGCCGCAAUCCUACCCCAAAUCAAGUUUCAGACAGUCAGUGGAUACUGCGGGUCCUGCGUUCGCGGAAGGCGCCAUUCGUGAAGAAGAGGCAGGUGAUGAACCAAGUGUUUGGAAACUAUCGGGCUAAAAUGGCAGAGGAGAGACAGGCACAAGUGGAAUCAGCCAAUGAUUCUUCAGAAAGCCAGAUUCAGGAAGUGGCCAGUCCAGAGUCUCACAGUGUGGCCUACAGGAAGUGUUCUAGGGACACGCAGGACACUCCUGUGCACUGGUUCACAUCUUCUAACAGCAGUUUUAGCUUCAAUUUCUCUCCAGAACAAAUAGAUGAGAGCCAGGAGGCUGGAUCUGGGGAUGCAGAGGACAAGCAGAUCAAAGAAGUCGAAGACCUAAAGAUUAGUGGACAAGGCAUUGGUUUGUGCACCGGUGAGGGAUCCGGGUUCACCUUUAACUUCCAGAUCCCAGAGGAUGCCAGGUCCCCAUCACUGAGCUCUGAGGGUCACGUGUCUACACCAGACAUUUGCGGUGACCAGCCAAGCAUUAACCAUACAGCUGCUGCAGCCACAGAAAGUCUAGAAGGUACAUGUAGUGUCCCAGAAGGGGCUGCUAAUCAGACUCUAAAUCCAGAAGCCAAUGGAAAAAAUGCUUCAAAUUCUGCAAAGAAAAAGAAGAAGAAAAAGUCAAAGAACCCAAGUAGGCAGACUCAGAAGGCAGAGGAACGCGGAGGAGAUGUUGGGACGUCGUCCUCUCCUAAGGAAGACCCUCAGCCGGGGGCAGAUGAGCUGUGGAGAGAGGUGGACUGGUGCGUGGAGCAGCUUAGAAUCGCAAUACAGCGGCAGAAAUCCACCCCAAAGCAGGUGGAGGAAGCUUUGCGCGCCAUCAAGACCUUGCAGAGCGAGAAAGUCCUAUUGGUAAAGAAACGCCAAGUGAUGCGAUCAAUAUUUGGCGAUUACCGACGCAAAAUGGAAGAGGAGAGACUGGCGCAGUUGAAGCUGAUGCAGGCUGCUGCUAAAUCUGCGCGGAUGAGCGAGGUGACGGCAACAACCAGACGAAACAGGAGCAAGGUUUUCCGGAAGAGCGACCAUAAAUUUUCCAGUGUUAUUGGACAGAGCGAUCGUGGUUCUGCAGAUUCCCAGGGAUCACCUGAUCUGCCAACCGUACCCGGAACAGCCAAUCAAGAAGGACUCUCUUUCAAAUCAUCCCAGGAGCCCUUCUGCUUUAACUUCUUCUAACAAGGAAGCCUGCAGUACGUAGGCGCUGACUCUACCGGGAUACCAUGCUAUGUGCCCUUAUUUUUAUUUCACAGACCUGAGACCGGUGAUGACCUUCAGGCAUAAACAUUUUUUUUUUUAUUGCCUUAGUCCGGGGAUUUUCAGUUUGGACUAUGGACCACUAGUAAAACUCUGGUCUGGACUAACAGAGGAGUAUGACAAUGGCCGCACAGUUGUCCCGCAGAGUGUCUUAUGCAGUGGUUCCCAAGAUCUUCAUUUCAGUUUUUAGAAAGAAAAUGUCAAAUGUUAAUUUUGGGGAGUGUAUCUAUUAAACGGCUGAGUAACAGCUGGAAAUUA